GGCUGUGCGCGCCCGACCAAUCGGCGAGCGCCUUGUUGGGGGCUAGCUCCGGGCCGGGCUGCGGAGGGCGAAGGAGGCAAAAUGGUUCUGGAGAGCACCAUGGUCUGCGUUGACAACAGUGAGUACAUGAGGAAUGGAGACUUCCUGCCCACUCGCCUGCAGGCCCAGCAGGAUGCUGUCAACAUUGUUUGCCACUCCAAAACCCGCAGCAACCCUGAGAACAACGUGGGGCUCAUCACCCUGGCCAAUAACUGUGAGGUGCUGACCACACUGACUCCAGACACGGGCAGGAUCUUGUCCAAGCUACACACGGUGCAGCCCAAGGGGAAGAUCACCUUCUGCACAGGCAUCAGAGUGGCUCAUCUGGCUCUGAAGCAUCGCCAGGGCAAGAACCACAAGAUGAGGAUCAUUGCCUUCGUGGGCAGCCCUGUGGAAGACAAUGAGAAGGAUCUGGUGAAGCUGGCGAAGCGACUCAAGAAAGAGAAGGUCAACGUCGACAUCAUCAACUUUGGAGAGGAGGUGAGGCCUCCUCCGAGGCUCCCAGAGGGAAUUCUGUGUCCUUCCCAGCCCACAGCACUUCCCCAGGAAGCCAACACGGACAAGCUGACAGCCUUCAUCAACACCCUCAACGGCAAGGAUGGCACCGGCUCCCACCUGGUGACGGUGCCACCGGGGCCCAGCCUGGCCGAUGCCCUCAUCAGCUCCCCCAUCCUGGCCGGGGAGGGCGGUGCCAUGCUGGGCCUCGGCGCCAGCGACUUCGAGUUCGGUGUGGACCCCAGCGCGGACCCGGAGCUGGCUCUGGCCCUGCGCGUCUCCAUGGAGGAGCAGAGGCAGCGGCAGGAGGAGGAGGCCAGGAGGGCUGCGGCUGCCUCCGCGGCCGAGGCUGGCAUCGCAGCCACUGCCGGGGAUGACUCUGACGAUGCCCUGCUGAAGAUGACGAUCACGCAGCAGGAGUUCGGCCGGGCGGGGCUGCCUGACCUCAGCAGCAUGACGGAGGAGGAGCAGAUCGCCUAUGCCAUGCAGAUGUCGCUGCAGGGAGCAGAGUUUGCCCAGGCAGAGGCAGCAGAAGUAGACAGCAGCACAGCCAUGGAUACCUCUGAACCUGCUAAGGAGGAGGAUGACUACGACGUGAUGCAGGACCCUGAGUUCCUGCAGAGUGUGCUGGAGAACCUCCCCGGGGUGGACCCCAACAACGAGGCCAUCCGCAACGCCAUGGGCUCGCUGGCCUCCCAGGCCUCCAAGGAGGGCAAAGACAAAAAGGAGGAGGAGAAGAAAUGAGCUGGCCCUGGGUCAGGGCUCUGAGGGGUGCUGCCUGGGUGAGUUGGUGGUGGCCUUGGCUGGGGACGUUCUGCUCUGCUGGGGCAAUAAAGGAUUUUCAUGGCA